AUGAAAGUUUGUGCUUGUCCAAGUAGGAAGAAUUUAACAGAGGUCGCCAAAAGGAUAGUUGCCAAAUAUCCAAAGUCUUUACAAGAUGUGAUUGAAGAGAGUGUGAUUGGUCCUGGAUACUACUCCUUGGUCAAACAAUUUCAAGCCAGGGUCGAAAAUGCAAGAAGGACCAGCACACCAAAAAUAAAAAAGCGCAUUCAUGAUACAGACGAAUGUGACACUGAGGAAGUCACACCUGAAAAAAGAGCUGCAGUCCAAGAUACAUACGGCUGCAUUAAUUGGGAAGUUAGAUUUAUGCCCCUCAGUGAAACUGCUGAGAGUCAGCUGUUGAAAAAAGAGAAGAUGAGGAGUCUGUCACAAACAACUGACUGUAAUGAAGAGGAAGUGAAGGUUCUCAUGAAGUCUACAUACUACAGUCAACGAAAAGAUAUCAACAAUGGAACAGACAUGAAAACUCUCACUGAGGAGUGGCCAUUUUUGUUUCAGGAAAGUGGAAUGGAAGUGCACUUUAAAGACCUCACAGGGAUACCACUUAAAGAGACCUUCCUGAACAGCAUUGACAGAAAAGGAAACAGGCUGUUGAACUUUAUGAGGAAUGUUUGUGCAACCAGGAACAAGCGUGUCUUACAGGCUGUCACAAAACUUGAAGUUUUGAGAGGACAGACGAAUGGUUGCUCAGAGGAUGUGAAAGACAUGAUUCUUCUACUUCUCUCCUAUUUUGAUGAGAAAGAAGAGCUCCUUCUUCAUUAUGUAGAAGAGACAAGCCUCGCAAAGGAUGUAGAGUUGGACAACCUGCCUCCGACGCCUUGCAUUAUUGUGUGUGGACCCUCCUGCUAUGCUGCUGUUCGAUUUAUGCUCAGUGUGGACCGCAAGAUUGUGAAUGAUGACAUCACUACAUUCAUCGCUGCUGUUUGCCUAAUGUUCGGCAGUUAUUACUGUUUCAAUAUACACUACCCUACUGAACUGGCAUCAGUGCUUGAAUUUUUGCAAUGGUGCUUCUUCAUCAUCAAUCCUGAAAAGGGCACAAAGGUUGUGGAAAAGAAGAACAAAAAACGACUCCCAGUGAACCCAAGAGUCUUCACCUUAAUCUCUGACCUUUCUGAUCACGAGUGGCGAGAGACCUCGUAAAGGUGGCCUGCAACGGAAACGGUUUCCAUGUUUAAACUUUUGUUAAACGUUGAAAUGUAUACUCUCUAAGCACUUGUGUUGUGCUUUGUUCUGCUUUAGUAGUUAUUAUUGUAAAUAUUCGACAACCUUUAUAUAUUCCCAAGCUCAGUUUGAAGUGGCAGUUAGGUAACAGAAAUAUUUUAAACUCUGAAUCUAAAUUUUAAAUGCGUAGUCUGAUGCUGAUUUUAAGACUGAUCUUAAGCCAUUGUAUACUUCUGAUAAAACAC